AGUGUGAGCCCUGCUGACAUUAUUCAGAUUGCAGCCACGUAAGUAACACACAGCGAUCGAAAAUGUCUUAUAUCGGCUGUUGCUGAGAGGGAUUGGCCUGGUCCUGUCGGCCAUCCCUUACUUUAGAGCAAACAAGCUGCAGAUUUUUUGGGUUUUGGUUUGGAUUUUGUUUUGCCAACAAAUUGUGCAUCCAAGAUCGUCAUCUGAACAACUGUGCAGUUGCAAACGCAUCGGGAGUUUUUUUGAGAUAUUUAAAGCCAUCGCUGUGUUUGAUUCCGAGUUUUGGAAGAAAUAGACUGUGCACGGUGGAACACGAUACGAUUGAUCUUUUGUCCUUGACUGUUACCUUUUAUAUUUUAUAUAAUUAUAUAAACACACAUUGCUGCUCGCCAAUAUCGGAAGGAAAUCGUCAGCCAAAGACUUGCUCAUGAGAGAGCGCGUGUGGGCAAAAGAAAUUCCCUUAAAGUUUUACUUGCUGGACGUUGCAAAGCAGAUGACAACAGAGUGAAUGCCAUACUCUUGUUUUAUGAUAGUUUGAGGCUAUUUGUUUCCAGCUGCAAGGAGAAAGACGGCAAGAGAGGAGAUCGGACGCCACCUAGAGUUGGAGGGCGAGGAGUUGAGUUGCCACCUGGUUGGCUUGUCUGCGAGCGCUUCGGCUACUCUUUCUUGUGUUCGCUGCGGCGAAUGCCCUCUCGUAGCCACAAGAACAAAAGCAUAGUGAGUUGGCGUUCCACGUUCCGCUUCGAGAACUCCAGGGCUUUGACUCCAGUUGAUUGUGUGCUUUAAAUCUGACACAUCACAACGAUCUAUGCAACAGACAAACUGUAGCAAUAAAAACAUAGUCUAACAUUGUUACUCCAAAUGGUGCUUAUCUUAUAAUAAAGAAACCUCUUUUACUCCUGAUUUUUUUUAUUUGAAAGGAAACCCACUACUGGAUCUACAAGCCUAGACCAAAGUACGAAAAACGAGGGGGAAACGCUCUCACAGUAGGUUUUCUGAGUAAAAUCCUUCCUAAAUUCCUGUCUGAACGCUUGUCAGUGAAUCUAUUUUUGAGAGGAUUUCUAUUUACAGCCCCAUGAGCAUACAGAGAUCCAGUCCAAUCACCAUUGUAAGGCAUGGAAGAUCGAGGCAUAAGACUCAUCACGAAUAUGAAGAAUUAUCUUGUGUGAGGACUAGUGACUGCAGCCAGAGUUUCAGCCCGAACCUAGGCUCUCCCAGCCCACCCGAAACCCCUAACUCGUGUCAUUGCAUUUCUCAAAUCGGACAGUAUCUAUUGUUGGAGCCAUUAGAGGGUGACCACGUUCUUGGGGCAGUGCAUUUGCAUAGCGGCGAGGAGCUCAUUUGUAAGGUAUUCGAUAUUGGUCGAUAUCAAGAAACAUUAGCAGCCUAUUUUUGUUUGUCUGCACAUGAAGGCAUCAAUCAGAUAACUGAAAUUCUUCUAGGGGAACAAAGAUCGUACGUUUUCUUUGAAAAGAGCCAUGGGGAUAUGCACUCAUUUGUUCGCACUUGCAAAAGGCUCAAAGAGGAUGAAGCAGCAAGAUUAUUCUACCAGAUAACGUCUGCUGUAGCGCACUGCCACGAUAAUGGCGUGGUACUGCGAGAUCUCAAAUUAAGAAAAUUUGUAUUUAAGGACGAAGAACGGACACAGGUAAAAUUGGAAAGUCUGGAGGAUGCUUACAUCUUAAAUGGUGAAGAUGAUGCUCUUUCAGACAAGCAUGGUUGUCCAGCGUAUGUGAGCCCUGAGAUCCUCAACACUAAUGGCAGCUACUCUGGUAAGGCCGCCGACGUGUGGAGUCUAGGUGUGAUGCUGUACACAAUGCUUGUUGGACGGUAUCCCUUCCACGAUGUGGAACCAGGUUCUCUCUUUAGCAAAAUUCGCCGUGGCCAGUUUAACAUUCCAGAAACUCUUUCCCCACGAGCAAAAUGCCUUAUCCGUAGCAUCUUGCGUCGUGAGCCUUUGGAAAGGCUAACAUCCCGGGAAAUCUUGGACCACCCUUGGUUUGCCUCUGAUUUUGCAGCUUCUAGUUCCGGAUAUGGUGCUAAUGAAAAAGAAGCAGUUGAUCAACUGGUACCUGAUGUGAAUAUGGAUGUUGAGUUGGACCCAUUUUUCAACUGAAGUUUAUCGUUUGAGUGGGUGUCGUUGAGAAGAAACAGCAGCUGGUCCUCAUCACCUGAAGGAAUCCUUCCUCAAUUGCAUAAUGGUACCUUGAAUCAACCUAGCUUGGUGGCAGAAGUGGUGCCGAUGUACUGAGACUUUAAAAUGACUAUCAAAGUAGGACUUCUAAGGAUUUACAUGUAGCACAACUAAUUAGGGGUUCUGCUGUUGUUAGAUUGAUUUUUGGAUGAAAUGGCAGUGUAAAAUAUUGCAGCUUCUCAUCUCAUGGAGCCACGGAGAACGCUGAUUACUGCAUUGUAGGUAGUAGUGCAGUACCUCACUCCAUUUUAUAAUGGUUACAAAUCACAAUAAAUAGAAACUUAGCGUCGACACAAUGUAAUACAUUGGCAUCGCACUGUUAGAUUAUUUUCCUUCUCUCAUUAUUCAGGGAAUGUACAAUUCUCCUUUAAGAGUCUCCUUAAUUGUUUCUGAUGUUUUGCAUUUUAUUCAAUGUGAUUCGUAACAAGGAAAAUUAGGUGCACAUGAACCGACAUGCAAUGCGGGUGCUAAAAGAAAGAGUUCUGCUUGUGUUUAUAUGUAGCUAUUUUCAUUAUCUUGUGUAAUUUUUUUUCCUGAGUAAACUACAUAUUCUUGUCAGAAAAGAGCAUUUUGAUGCUCCGUUCCCUUGGAGGAAAUAAGUUAUCUGUUGUGUACAAUAUUUUUGAUGCAGCUUGGCAGGAACUAUUAAAAUGACAUGUCAUACAUGUGACUUUACUGGUAGUGAAGUCCAUAGUGGCAAAUAUUCAGGGUUUGAAGUACACCGACUGAAACUGUUGUACUAGUGUAAAGAAAAUUGUUUCCUUUCUUAAUUUUUGGGUUUGAUAGUGUAUUUAUUUUAAAUCUCAAUAUAAUUUUCUACCCCACAACAGUAUUAACUACUACUCUUUUAUCUCCUUACUGCUUUCUAUUUGUUCUUCCAUUAAUUCUGGGUAAUAACUCCUUUAGCUGUGCAGAGAUACAGACAUGAAGUUAAGCUAUCCUGGCCCUUUUAUUCUUAGCUAACAUUUAAGAUUAAAUAAACUUCAUGGGGUUACUAAUUUUUAAAGUGAGUACAUACUGAAUGAAACUGUCACAAACUGAAAUGCAAUUAUCUGCAUUGUUGCAUCUUGUUUAGGGAGCUUAAGAAUAGACAUUUGAGUACUUUGCAGUUGGUGAGCAAGAUAACUACAACAAGAGCAAGCAUUAUUUGAUCCACAGAAAUGUUUAGCUGGUCUUGCCCCUCAGCAAGCAUUGGGCAUCUUGGCUUGUAGCAAGAGCUGAGAACGUCUAUGUGCCAGUGUUAAGCCUACAUAAUUGAAUAAUAUCACAAUGCAGAUGCCUAACUUGCUGCACAAGUGAACGAACAGAGGUGGUCAUCAUUGAGUGUCCUGUAUGGUUUAAUGAAUCCCAAAACUCCAUUUUGGAUUGGAUAGUUGGCUUUUCUGGCAAUUCCAGGUCAUUGUUUUUUUCUAAUUAACUGAGUUAGAUCUUGACUAUUAAUUUAUGAAAUUUGUUUUUGUCAGAAUUUUGUUUUAAUUCAGUGAGUUGGGCUUCCAUGAUUUGUGAUAUAAAAUAUUUUCAAUAUCUGGGACUGACCACAAAUAUCUUCCAAUGUUAUGAGAGUCCACUUGUAAUCUUCUCACAUUAAGCCCAGCGUAAUACUGUAUACAGAAGCACCAGAUGUUCAUUAGAUUGUUUUUUAAUACUUAUGAAGGCAUUGUGUGCCUAGAUUAAAUUUUGUAAAGUUGUACAGUUCAUCUAAAGAGUUGGAAUAUGGUACUUUGACAAUUUGGUAAUUUGUAGUCUUACUACCCAUGGUCAAAACAUUGUGAAAAUAAGAUGUGACCAUUUACAAAACAUUGUAUUCAUUACAAGCACAUUGGACCUACAAAGCUGAAACAAGUGGACUCAGAUUAAUCUGUGCCUACAUAAUGUAUUUCAAACCCCGAAUAGGUUGUAGAUUUUAAUUUUAGUUUUCCAGAUUAAUUUCCUUCUGCUUUUGAAAUGCUAAAUAUUAGGAACCUUCUGCCUUGCAUACUUCCCCUAGCCCCACCCUCUAUCCGCCCCGUGUUGUCUCCUGUACCUCGAUUGUUUGAUUACUGCCUGUACCAGUUCUGUGAAAUGGUCAUGUUCUUGCGUAGGUAUGCGUGGACUAUGUAGUACGUAUCUGUUAACUUGAAUUUGUGCUUUUAUAGUAUGUUGCAUGUACGUACAGCUACUUGACCUAUUUGGCUUAUGGAUGCUUUUGCCUGCAUUACAGGAGAGCUUGUAUAUGCCAAUUAAAAACACAGAUGAGAAUCAUUAAAGUUCUCCUGGAAAGGGUGGGGGUGGGGGGAGGGGGGAAGCUGCAGCUGAUCUGCCAAGUGUUAAUUUAAAUAAAAUCACAAGAAAAUGGGAGUGAAUUUAUUUUCACUCUGCGGAUGGUGCUAUGUUGAGAAGGACUACUUUGUUUUAAAUUUAAGUGGAAAGGGAACAGAGGAGACUGCAUGGUGGGUUUUACUGCCUCUGGUGUUUUGAUUGUAUUGUAUUUGGUUUGAUGUUUUGUCCUAAUCUUCUCCUUCAGUAAAUAAAUUGUGAAUUGCACAACUACUGAGUGCUG